CCAUUCAAAACUAUAGGGUUUGUUGGCUGCAAUAAUUCAGUUCAGGCACUUGACCCUCACUCUAGCAAUUUGACCUUUCUCCUCUCUGGAAGGCUGUGACGAAUCCGGCGAGGAUCGGGCUGCUCAUUGCUCGGCGUCCGAACUUUGGCUGCAGCCCCACUUUGUAUCUGAUCUACAAUGGAAAGCACUAACGCUGCAGUGUCAACACCUGAGGCAUCGACUUCGGCACAACCUGCGACUAGUAGUGCCCCUCGAUCAUGGUCGCGUAAAGCUGUCCCUCACAAGUCCAUCUUAAAGCGACCACCACCUCCCAGCAAAUCAUUCUUCAAUCUCGGCGGACUCACACGCGACAUUUUUCCUGGGACAUUCUCGAAAUUCAUACAAGGAUCUAGUGCUCCCUCACAUAAUGGCAACGUGCCAUCUUCUGCACCACCUAGUCAAACGACAUUUAAGCUUCCCUCAGCCUCCAAUGCUCUUCUGCCAUCUGCUGUACCAUACGAUGACAUAACUUCGCAUGGCUCCAUUCGCGGGACGCCGCUGAAACGUGCACACUUUAUAUUGCCGCAUCUAAGCACUGUGUACUCUUUUUCGUCAAGUGCUGCACCCUCAAGUGCCGAGCUUACAGUAGCUAGGCUCGAAAUUGAGGACAAAACUAAGGCUCAGAGAGAAAAGGAGAAGGAAGAGGGUGCUGGCGCAUGGAGUCUGGGGCGUAUAGAAGAGUUCUAUCGUGAGUGCUGUCACCUCAGAGAUGAGGCACCGCUCGGGGGAGUUAUCGGGGCACUCCGGCAAGCCAACUUAAUAGCCCCGCGAACGUUAGAUUUGACUUCUGUGAAGUUAACUUUCGAUGCUGCAACUGUGUUGGCGGAUGUAUUCUCCAUUGAAUGGGGGUUACGGAAACUGAUUCUUCGGGAUUGCGACCUGGAUGAGACGAGCUUAAAGCUGUUACUUCACGCGCUUCUAAUACCAAACUCAUUGCCAUAUCUCUCCCUUUCCUCUAACAAACGGUUGAAAUCUGCGGCAUGUCGAUUCAUAGGGACUUACGUCUCAAAAGCGAAUACUCUAGAAUUUCUCGAUUUAUCACAAACUUCAUUGGACAAAAAGUCUGUAGAAUACAUUGUUUCUGCCCUCGACCCAGCACCUGUAACGCAGCCGAGUAAUACUACAUGCAAGGAUGGCAGAGCAGCGUCGCCCAAAGAUGCAGUGGUUAAGUCCCCUCAAGUUGAUGGCUUUCCUGAUCCUCCAGGAUCUUUGUUGUUUUCACCGUUAUCCCCAAAUAUGUCUUCCGUUGGUCACUUAGGCCUGUCUAAGGCUGAAGUGUCGAUCAAGGAUCCUAAUUUGCCUCCAGAAAAAGUCACGCUCCUGAGUGUUCGCUUGGAUGAAUGUGGUAUCCGUGGGGGGUCGUUGGAUGUACUAGCAAAUGCGAUUCGGACGUCAUCGGUGCAGAAUCUGUCAUUAAGACUGAAUAAAUUUGGUCCGGCCGGUGCAGUCUCGAUAGCGACAAUGCUGAAAGACUAUCCCGACUCGUUGCCUGCUCCUGGAUCAUCCAGCCCAACAACGCCCCCUUCUGCAAGCCCGAUUCCUAGAUCUUUUUCUAUUCCAACUGAAUCACCCACUCCCUCACCGCGAUCUUCCUUACUACUACCCUCUCCUGAGCAUAUAUCUAUCACCUCAUCACCACAGCCGAACACACCAACACUUUCACAGCCUUAUGCACGACUCUCUAUCAACCGUCUGUUCGGAAAUGUCAGCAACCCACCCCCACAAUCAAGCCCUCCUCUACAAACAACAUACACGCCGUACAUCCCACGCUCCAAGCGGAACCUUGCGGUGACCCAGCCCCAAACACAUACUGGGACUUUGAAUUCCCCCCGAUCGUCACCCAACCCAUUGACAAUGUCUACUACUCGCCCCUCAAUCAACACCUCGACACCCCUCAUGCGAAACGAAGUACCCUCCUUCUCUUCUUCCAGAUCUGGCGGCGUAACAACACGGCAUGCCUCAACAUCCCAUUCUAGUUUGGUAAAUGGGGAUGUUGCUCCGUCAACAACAGUUUCACGGAUAAGCACUGGGGGGACAAUUAAUGCUCCUAAGCAUGUUUUGCUUGAUGGACAUUCCUUGGCGCUGCUAGACAAGGUUCGGAGUUUGGACAAUUUGCCAAGACUAGGGGCAUUAACAACACUUGAUUUGAGAGGGAAUGAUUUGAAAGCUGGCGUUACGUAUAUUGCACAACGGCUGAAGCGGAAUCGCACCCUCAAGGCAUUAAACCUGUCGGACAACAAGAUCGAAAUGAGUGGCUUCGUGGCGAUCGCAGAAGCAUUGAAAUAUAACACCACUUUGGAGAUCCUCGACAUGAGUAGGAAUCCGUGUUGCGGCCCUGGUCUCGAAGGGGUCACAACAAUACGAACUGCAUUCACAAUCAAUACUGCGCUCAAGAGACUAUUCCUUUCUGACACAGGACUAACCUCGGACGGUGCCAUCGCCCUUGCGGAGUUCCUUCCCGAUGCUCGUUCUCUCCUUCACCUUGAUCUUACCCAUAACUCACUUGACUUAGCUGGUGUUAUGGCGCUCAGCGCUGGCCUGAAGGUCAACCGCGUUAUACGAUGCUUGGACGUCAACGUCCCCCCGAACGACCCGGAAAUGGCGCGGCUAAGCCGGGAAAUCCUUCGUUGCUGUGUGCGAAAUACAGAGCUUGCUGAUAGACGGUCAAAAUGUGGUGCAGAAAUACCGAUCGAUAACCAGGGGAAAGGAAGCUCGUCGCUAUCUAUGAGCGAGGAUUUAGAUAUGCUUCUGGGGAACACUGCUCGUGGUGGAGUAUGGGGCCUUAUCGAGCGAAGCGAACUUGCUAGAGGCGUCAAACAGGAUGUUGAACGGGAGAGGGUCGGCAAGGAAAAGGAAGCGCGAGGUCAGCUUGACGGGAAACACAAGCUAGAAAUCUGGACGAAGACACCUGACGAGAUCGUCAAGGCUGCCCGUGAUCUGCUCCUCGAGUCUCACACAUCGAAUAAUAUCGACGCCGAGAAGGUGGAAUCUGAAGGACUUAUCGAGAAAGGCAACGCCCUUGUUAGUGUUCUCCAGGAGAUGGUUCAGGUCGAAAAGGACCCAACUCGGAUGGAGGAACUGCUCGACCUCAACGACCGUCUCACGAGCCUGAUAAAGGAUCUCAAAACUGGCAUUGCUCCCUAUAGCUCCGAACGACCCAGUGUCAUGCGGAGGAACUCGAAGGGCAAGGAGCCGGCUUUCGAGCAUUCGGAUGUCAUUCCGAAUGCUUCGUUCGCCAUCGUCGAUUCAGAUGAUGAGAAUAAUGACGAUAACAAGCCGCUCCAAUCUGACUCUCAAGCGGGAGAUCAUAUGGCUGAGGUUCCGGAGGCGCAGGCACCAUCGCCUACCGUUUUGAGUAAGGUGUGGGUCGAGGAGGAGGGCGAGAUAUUCAGAAAAGGCAAUGUGCUCCUUGGACCUGAUGAACUUGGCGAGGAAGGUGUGGAUAUAAGUAGCGAGGAACUUAAGCGAGAGCUACUCGAGGCUCAAGUCGAACGUCCUCGUCGUUCUGACGAUAUCGACGCAUUAUCGCCUGACGGCAGCUCCUAAUUUCUCUGCUCACUGCGGGACAUUGAUUAUGUGUCUUAAUCUUCAAUAUCGUAUGUCAUACUUCUCAUAAUACUUAAAGAUUUAUUGGGUGUACGGAACUCAUUGUGUCGAAACGAAACCAUAAAAAUCACGA